CCACAAUUAUGUCAACAUUUCAUCAUCAUCAUCAUCAUCACCAUAAUAAUCGUCAUAGUAUAGAAUCGUUUUGUAUAUAUGACCAUAAAUCAUCAUCAUCAUCAUCAUUAGAGUCUAUCAAUUUUUACAAUUCUCAUCCUUGUUAUUUUUAUUGAUGCCCUAUUCUGCCAAAGCAUUUAGUUCAUCAUCAUCAUCAUCCCAACAACAAUCAAUUCUAAUCGAAACGAUUGCUCAUCAAUAUGCAAAUAGUAAUCUUAAGCUAUCAUCAUCGCAAAAUAUUGCUACCGAAUCGGUUACAUUAUCACCACGAACCAUACAAACAAAAUAUGGUUCAAUACGUGGUCAUUUAGUUAAAUUAUCACGAAACAAUAAUAAUCAACAACGUUCCUUAUCUUCAACUUCCUCAUCGUCAUCAUCAUCAUCAUCAUAUCCACAAGUGUCUUCCUCAUCACAUACAUCAUCAUCCAUAGUUCUAUCGGAUGUUGAAACAUAUUUAGGUGUACCAUAUGCAACACCACCAACCGGCGGUUUACGUUUUAUGCCACCGGUUACACCAACACAUUGGCGUGGUGUACGUCUUGUAACACGUUUACGUCCAGUCUGUCCACAGCAUAUACCGGCUCGUGAUUAUCAUGCUAUUCGUUCAAGAAAUGAAACUGAAGCCUUACGUUGGAUGCCACGUGCUCGUUAUGAAUAUUUACGUCGUCUUAUACCGAUGCUUGGCAAUCAAUCGGAAGAUUGUUUAUAUCUAAAUAUUUAUGUUCCCACACCUUCCACUAAUCGACCAUCAUCAGAUUUACAACCAUUUCCGGUUCUAGUCAUACUACAUGGUGAAUCAUAUGAUUGGCAUUCCGGAAAUGUUUUCGAUGGAUCCAUAUUGGCUUCAUAUGGACAAGUGGUAGUCGUUACUGUCAAUUUUCGUCUUGGAAUUUUAGGAUUCCUCCCUGCUUUUGCCGAUGGUACUAUUCGUGGAAAUUAUGGCCUAAUGGAUCAAGUAGCAGCAUUACAUUGGAUACAAGAAAAUAUUGGUGAAUUUGGUGGCCAACCAUCUAAUGUAACAUUGAUUGGACAUGGGCACGGUGCUGCAUUUGUUCAUCUAUUGAUGCUAUCACCAAUGGCUAAAGGUUUAUUCAACCGAGUGAUAUUGAUGAGCGGUUCAGCAUUGAGUCCAUGGGCAAUCGCACGCGAUCCAGAACAUUAUGCUCGUGAAUUGGGCAACAAACUAAACUGUACUAAUUUGGAUGCAAUGAUCGAUUGUCUACGUACAAAAAAAAUUAGUCAAUUAAUUGCUCAAUAUGAAAACAUUGCACCCGAACAUUUGACCGCAUUCGGUCCAAUAAUCGAUUCGAUUGUUGUGCCUUUUGAUCCGGUUCAUAUCUAUCAUUAUCAUCAACAUCAUAAUGAUGAACUUUAUCAUUCAUCAUCGCCCUCAUCAUCAUCAUCAUCAUCAUCGGAACGAGCUACAAAUCAUAAUAAAGAACGUUCACAUUUUGAUCCAUUAACACUGGCCCGAUCAUAUGAUCUGAUGGUUGGCGUUACUGAUGUUGAUUCACCUUGUUUAUUCUCCGAUCAAGAAUCUAUUUAUGGUGUUGAACCAGAUCGUCGUGAUCGUAUACUUCGUACUCUAGUACGUAAUCUCUAUGAUUAUCAUCAACAAGCUAUUUUUUUAAUUUUAUACAAUGAAUAUUCAUCAUGGAAUGCUGCCACUACUAAUCCGGUUUCAUAUUCAUCAUCUUCAUCGUAUUUGAAAACGAAUAAACGAUCAUUCGAUAUACUUGAUUCGGCUAAAUCCAUACUGAGCGAUGCAUUAGUAUUCGCUCCAUUGGUCCGUAUGGCUGAUUUACAUUCGAAUGGACCAUGGUCUUCAUCAUCAUCUCAACAAUCAUCAUUUGGUGGCCGUUUAUUUUUUUAUUAUUUCGAUACAAAUCAAGUGAGCCAAGAAUCAUUGUACAGUGAAAGCCGUAUGUCUUUGGCAUCAUUAUCAUCGUCAUCUUCUUUUUCUCAGUCAACCGAUCAAUUGCAUUUGUCACCAUCCAAGCGAAUCGUCUGUUCUAUUGAACAUGAUUUAGCCUUUCUAUUUGGCGAUCCAAUUGCUCAUCUCCAAUUUGGUCUCAAUAGUCAGGUUGGUCCAUUCUAUUAUCCGGUCAAUUUGACACAGACACACCAGAUUGUAUCAGAAUUAUUCAUACAAUAUAUUGUUAAUUUUGCUCGUCAUGGGGAACCAAAUACUCGAUCAUCACAUUUUACAACGACAUCUUCAUCGUCAUCCUCGUUGACAAGUCGACAACAAUCAAAAAUCAAAAACACACUUACUCAACGACAUUUUUGGCCUCGAUAUGAUCUGGAACAAAAAAACUAUCUAUUAUUGGGAUCGACAAGUCCAAAACAAAUGGAUCAUCGUCAAAAUCAUCGCCUUUCUCUAUGGCUUAAUCUUAUACCACGAUUGUUGAUUGAUGAUCAUGAUUUUUAUCAGACGAAUUUUGGUGCCAAUCUCACUACUGAAAAUGAAUCAAAUGAUCCAAACAAUCCUCGUAAUAACAUCAUAAAAUCAUCAUACAAAUUGCCAUCUAGAUUUUCGUAUUACUCACGAAAUUUUCCCAAUUAUUAUUAUGGUUCCACUAAUUUUUCAACAACAGGAAAUUAUGGCGGAAACGAUCGUGUGAUUGGUGAAACUUCUAAACAUGUAGCUGGAUCAAUGGCUAUGGCAUCUGAACCAUAUUCUAGCCAACAACAGCAACACGAAAAACAAUUGUAUAGACAACACCAUCUUCUUGUUGAUUACGAUAAUCCCAAAUCCUAUGAUGGUAUUGUUCGAACAUUCUCAAAUAAUACAAAUACCUUGAAUAACACUAAUAAUAAUAAUAAUAAUACCGAUUCCCUUGGAUCAAACAAUUCUCACAAUGCAUCAAUCUUGGAAAAUCAUUCAGCUGCAACAGCGAAUCUUUCAUCUUCAUUGUCAUCAUCGAUCAAUCAUAAUUGGUAUAAUGUUACACAUCUUCCAAUAAAUUUAUCAGAUAUUCAUGGCGAUGGAAAUCGAUUGUUACAUACACGAUAUGAUAAUUCCGGUAUGAGCAUCGGUCAUCCAAUGUUUUAUGGACCAGUUCCCGAUGGUUCGGCAUCAUGGUGGUUGAUUAUGAUUGGUGCCGCUUGUGCCAUAUUAUUCUUUAUCAAUGUCAUAUUUUUUAUUGCUCUUUUCUAUCAAUUAAAAAAGAAUCGCAAAGUACAGAAAAAUCAAAAAUCUAAUAACGACGACAAAAACGUUGAGAUAAAUAGUAUACAAUCAAAAUAUCCUAUAUCUGGUGAUCAAUCUCCAAGCGCAUCGGCAAUGUUUAACAAUAAAUGUGGAAAUAAAUAUCGUGAAUCAACUCUAACCGAUCAAAAUGUGGAUGAUAAUCUAAUGAUACUACAUACGACAAGCAAUAAUACCAACACCUUUAACCGUAAAAAAUCAAGUAAUAUAGAUGGUCCUUCUUAUAGCAUGUAUCCGGCACCUAGUGAUCACAGACAGCCAAUAAGUUUUGAAUUAACACCAUCGGAUAUAACGACAACUACUACAUCAACAUCAACAAAUACAUUGGGUAAACGCACAAAGACAUUAUCGUUUGCACAUCAAGGACCCGCUACAUCUGGUUUAAAUGAUCAUCAUACAACAAUCCUAUUGAAUCAUAAUCCAGACGAUAUAGGUGGAACUACGGUUGCUACAGGAAAUUAUGUGCCUUUUUUAACCGCAACUAAUUCGAAUCCUACAACAUUAUCAUCGUCGCAUCAACAACAAGCAACAUAUUAUUGCCUUCAAGUUAAUGCAACAAAUCAUACAAAUCCUAGCAAUGAUGCAGGUGAUUAUGGUGAUCAAAUGAUUGAUGAUGGUACAACAAAUACAAUUCAAUUGCAAACUCAACAGCAGCCAUCAUCAAAUACUGGAUAUCAUGAAAUGUCCGUGUGAAAAAAUUAUCUAUAUUUAGCUGUACAAAGUUUUGUUUUUUGUAAUUGUUAAAGU